AGAGUCCGGCGGUCAUUGUCCGUGUGGCCGUGGGCAGGGGAUGCACCGCACCACAGCACUGCCGAUAUCCAUAGCAGCUCUCCUGCGGGCUUGCAGCACAGCUGCCUGUGCCAUGGCUGCUCCCACACCCCAUAUCCCCCCGCCCCGUGAGCUGCUGCGGCCACUGGCCGUGCCCUACCGGCUGCUGCUGGGGCCGGGGCCCAGCAACCUGUCCCCCCGAGUGCGGGCAGCCGGCAGCCAGCAGAUCGUGGGCCACAUGCAUCCCGAGGUGCUGCAGGUGAUGGAAGAGAUCAAGGCGGGCAUCCAGUACGCCUUCCAGACGCGGAACCGGAUCACGUUGGCUGUCAGCGGCACCGGGCACUGCGCCAUGGAGGCUGCCCUUAUCAACCUGCUGGAGAGCAGUGACACCGUGCUGGUGGGCAACAACGGCAUCUGGGGAGAGCGUGCUGCUGACGUCGCCAGGAGGCUGGGAGCCAAGGUCCAUGAGCUGCUGAAGCCUCCGGGUGAAUACUUCACCUUGAGGGACAUUCAGGAGGGCUUGGCACAGCACAAACCCUCAGUGCUCUUCCUCACUCACGGCGAGUCUUCCACGGGGGUCCGGCAGCCACUGGAGGGGCUGGGCGAGCUGUGCCACCGGCACGGCUGCCUGCUGCUUGUGGAUGCGGUGGCAUCGCUCGGGGGAGUGCCCAUCCUCAUGGACCAGCAGGGGAUUGAUGUACUAUACACGGGGUCCCAGAAAGUCCUCAGUGCCCCCCCUGGCAUCUCUCCUAUCUCAUUCAGUGAGCGAGCAAGGGAGAAGAUGCAGAGGAGGAAGACGAGGCCCCCAUCCUUCUACCUGGACAUGAGCUGUCUGGCGAGCUACUGGGGCUGCGAUGGAGAGCCACGCAUGUACCACCACACAGGGCCCGUCAGCAGCAUCUUCUGCCUGCGGGAGGCCUUGGCCGGGCUGGCGGAGCUGGGCCUGGAGAGCUCAUGGAAGCAGCACCAAGCUGUCUGCACCCGCCUGUGCCAGGGGCUGCAGGAUCUGGGGCUGGAGCUCUUCGUGAAGGAGGAGGCGGCACGGUUGCCCACCGUCACCACCGUCAGGGUGCCUGAAGGCUACAACUGGAAGGAGAUCACAGCCUUCCUGAUGGAUAAACACAGCAUUGAGAUCUCUGGGGGCCUGGGCCCUACUGCAGGCAAGGUGCUGCGGAUCGGCCUCAUGGGGCACAACGCGACCCAGGACAACGUGGACCGCCUGCUGCAGGCCCUGCGAGACGCCCUGCAGCACUGCCAGCACAGCAGGCUGUGAGCAGAUGCCCACAGGGAGCAGCACAUCGGCAGGACAUGGCACAGAUGUGGCCCAAAGCCUUCCUCCUCUCCCAGUGCCCAGCUCCCCAUCCUGCCUGGCUUGGGGCUCGGCAGCCCCACGGGCUUGGGGGGCUGGGGGCAGGAUCCAGCUUGCAGGCCCCCUCCCCUCCAAUCCCUUCUGUUACCAUCACCACCACCCAUCUGCUGCAGACGUGUGCUGCUCCCCAGUGCCACCUCUCCUGAAUAAAGCCACACAGCUCCGUGCUGCUCCCCAGCCCUACAGCUUGCCUGGACUCUCUGAGAUCCAAGAGGAAAGGUGCAGCUGUGGGAAGUGCUGCAAAGUCCCAGCACAGGGAGAGAGGCAGAGCUGGGCCAGUUCCUGCUGA